AUGAAUUUCCGGAGAAGAGACCGGAAGCCGGAUGGCCCGGUGUCGUCGGAUGAAAAAUCGGAGGCUAGAAUCUUGCGGCCCCGUCGCGGUCACAGGCUUUUAUCUCCCAAGUUGAUCUUGGGUCUUUUGGUGUAUUUCCUCGUUAUCAUACACUUUUUCGAAAGAGUUAGGGUAAAAAGCGCCGUCAACGUUUGCCAAUGGGACAACUGGGAGAAUUGGACCGGCGAGAAAGCUGAAAACAUACCUCAUAGAAUUGCUUUCAUUGCUGAUCCCCAACUUGUGGAUGAUCAUACGUAUCCCAAACUACCCAGGCUCUUGGGCUAUAUUUUGAGACGGAUGAGUGACAAUUACCUCCACACGAACUACAAAUUCAUGCAGCAUUACCUUGAUCCAGAUACGGUUAUCUUUUUGGGUGACAUGUUUGACGGAGGACGUGAGUGGGAUGACCCUAUGUGGUUAGAUGAGUACAAGCGCUUCAACAAGAUUUUCCCCAAGAAAGCAAACAGAAGAUCCAUUCGCUCGCUUCCUGGGAACCACGACAUUGGGUUCCAGAACAUCACCUCUCACAAUGUCGAGCGCUUCGCAGCAUAUUUUGGUGAACCCAAUGAUUUCUUUGAGUUAGGCAACCACACGAUCGUUCAAUUGGACACGAUAUCUAUGUCACACGAGGAUCCUGCCAUACAUACACCAUCUAGACAGUUUUUGAGCUCAUUGAACUCGAAAAUCAACCCAACAAUGCCCAGAAUGGUGUUGACACACGUUCCGCUUUACAGAGAUCCCAACGUUGAAACGUGUGGCAUUGGAAGGGAGAAAAGUCGGCCAUUUCCCCUCAUGAGAGGACAUCAAUAUCAAACUGUGAUUGACUUUUCGUAUACCCUGCAAAUCCUUUCGCAAUUGUCGCCUGAGAUAGUCUUCAGUGGAGACGACCACGACUACUGCGAUAUGCAUCAUGUUGAUUACACCGAUAAUUCCAAGACUUUGGCUCGGGAGAUUUCCGUGAAGUCCGCCUCCAUGACUAACGGUAUAAAGUAUCCGGCUAUACAACUUCUUUCGUUGAACAAUCCUUACGAUCCCAACCCCAAGUCAAAGCUAGCAUCCCCAGACGACACCACAACCUACAAGACCAAGAUGUGUUACAUGCCAACGCCUUACACAGGUGUCAAAAUCUACGUACUCAGUUAUCUUCUUGCCGUGGGUAUUUUGGUCGCUUGCAUAGUAUACCCAGAACUCAGCUGGAUCCUCGCUGGUUUUACCGAGGUUCUGGCAGCAUUGCAUGGUUGA